UCUCACAUGCUUGUUCUUUUGCCCGUCAGUUAUGGCAACGCUACAGCUUCCAGCCACCAACUUAGCCAACCUGGCUAACCUCCCCCCAGGGACCAAACUGUACCUAACAACCAACAGCAAGAACCCCUCUGGCAAAGGAAAGCUGCUGUUAAUACCUCAGGGGGCCAUCCUGCGUGCUGCUCAACCAGCAGCAGCGCAGCAAGUGCAGGGAGCAACAACAGGCACGACUGGUAGCAUACAGGGCACCGUGGUUAGUGGAUUACCCCAGCAGCUGGGCUACACAUCGUAUAUCCUUAAGCAAACGCCACAGGGCACAUUUCUGGUUGGCCAGCCGGUCACUCAGGCCUCUGUGAAGCAUGGACCUGGUAGCUCAGUGGCGUCUGGCAUGGCAGUGCAGGGGCCGUCUUCUACAAGCACCCAACAGCAGGCAAUCAGAGUCUCUGCUACACAAAAAGCAGUGUUUGCACAGGUUGUCCCCAGUGCUCAGGUGUCUUCUCUGCACUCAGCUGCUGUUUCCUCGCUCGUCCAAUCUCCCUCACCUGACGGAGCAGCAAGGCCACUAUCCGUAGCGUCUCCUCUCUCACAGCCUGGCACCACCACCCUGCGAGUAGCUGGAGGAGUCAUUACAACAGCCAGCCUCUCAACACCAGUAUCAGGAACAACACCAGCAACCGUAGGAACUAUGGCUGUGCAGUCAGAAGUAAAGGGCUCCAGCCCUCCUGUGAAUCCAGCUGUGUCCACAGCGAAAGCCUCAGGCCAGCAGCCCUCCGUCCCAGUAUCCCAGGCAGAACCCAGCACCAGCCAGUCACCUUGUGUUGUUUCUGUUGGCUCACAGGUGGCCCAUGUGGUGGUUUCGCAGCCCAGUGCUGGAGGAUCCAGCAAAGCCAGCAGUUCAGCUGGUUCUGGUGUGGCCUCCUUUGCAUCCAGUUCCAUUGCUGCAGCAAACACAUUGAGUGGACAAGUCACACCAACAGUAUCAGUGAAGGCUGAGCCUGGCUCUGUAGGUGCUUGCUUUAGUCCCUCAGUACCCACAGCAAGCACUGUGAAAGUGGAGCAAGGAGGAUCGGAUGGGCCAUUUGAAAUUAUUGACCUCGAAUAUAUUGAGAAUAUACAGCAGCUACUGACUGCCAUCCUGAAGAAAGUGCCUCUGAUUGCUCCCAAGAAAAACGAGGACUCCAACCCAUUCUGUGCUACCUCCCUGGAGCAGUAUUACAGCUGGAAUAUUGGGAAGCGGAGAGCUGCAGAGUGGCAGCGUGCAGUAGCCGUAAGAAAGAUUCUGCAGGAGGUGAUGGAGAAAUGCUCACGGUUCAGUAGCACAGACGUCAUGAAGACUAAGCAAAUCAUGUACUGGUGUCGCCAGCGCGGGUACACCCCCCCUGACCCAGAGACUGCCAUCACCGAGGAGGAUUCGAUGGAAGAUAUACUAACUCGAAUCGACAACGAGCCAGAAUGCCCUUCCACAUACACCAUGGCCAGUGAGCUCUGUCAAAGGCUCAUGGAGGUGGAGGCUAUUUUGAAAACGGAAUCUGAGAGCGAUGAAGAGGUUGACAUAAUUGGCACAGCCGAGUCUUCUAAAGUGAAAAUCAAGAAGGAACUGGAGGAGGAGGAGGAUGAAGAGGUCAAAUUCUACAUGGGGCUGAUGCCAGCCAUGGAGUAUGCCAGAGACACAGCCCAGCAGAUUGGUGUCACGAUUGAACCUGUUGAGGUGGAGAGCCGUGUCUAUGCCCCAGUGAUCGAAGGGAUGAUCGUAAAGGCUGCUGAACUGUUUGUAAGUGACAUCCUUCGAGAGUCUUUGAAAGUCGCAUACCAGAACACUCCCCAUAACAGAGCACCCAAAGAACUGAAUGUAAUCAACGUCCACCAAGCCAUCUGUAACAUCUCCGUCUGCGACUUCCUCACCAACAAGUACAUGGGCAUGCUGGCUACAGAACAGACCCCACAGCAGGGAUUAUGAAGGGCUUCACACUCUUUCCGUUCCAUUGAAGACAGGGACUUGGCAAUGUCCAAAGCCACUGUUACACUGACAUAUCACUGCAGCCGUUGUGCCCAUGAUGGUGAGGGUGACACUGCGCCAAUGCAUGUUGUCAGUACUCAUCGUGGAGCCACAGAAGCUUCCGGAAGUAGUGCUCCCAGUUGGAGCUGGCUGUUGUCAGAGGUUGGGUAGGAGCUAUAGCAGGAAUAUGUUUAUGUUCAUUCAAGAGCUGGAAAAAGACAAAAUACUGGCAACGUACAUUUUUAUGUCUUUGGAUUGGUGUGUCUAGGACAAAACUGGAUUAAUGAUGUUCACACACUGUGAUGGAGGGCUUAAAUCAAUGUCAUCUCCCUUCAGUCUAAACAGCUCACACCUCUGGUCCAAAUGAUGUCAUUCAAUGACUAAAUCAGCUUGUAAUUGUAAUUGUUAUUAAAUAUUGUUUUUAAAGAAAAAGGUACCUCACAGUUUUGAAAUUCCACAGCAUGCUACAUGCCCUUUACAGACAGAAAUUAAAUUGCCCAUCAGUAGGAACAGGGUUUUACGGUUUCAUCUGUACAAUCUCCCAUCUACCAGCUCGCCUUUAGUAAGGGCAGUAAUAGAAGGACCUAGCACUCCCUGACAGGUCUGCUUGCUGCCGUCACGCAGCCAGCUUUACAGCACCAACAACAGCUAAAAGCACACCAUCAUCACCAUCUCGUCCCACUAUCCUGGCUUUUGGGGAGGGGCGGCCUUCAAAGCCAUCAUCAUCUCUAUAGCUUAUUGACGAAUGGCAAUUUGGCUCCCCUUCUGACCUCACUCACCAGCGGCCAUUGUAUUUGUUUCUUGUGCUGUUGGUUUAACUUGGUCAGAGAGUUGCGUUGUGCAGCACAGCCAAUUAGCUUGAAUAGCAAGAUAGGUUCUUAUGUCCAUGAGCUAGAUGGUUAACCUGUUGCUGGAUAAGAUUAUAACCUGGCUGGAACAGUAAUGUGUUCCACCCUCUUUCCCCUUGUUCCUGAAGGUCAUUAAUAAGUUAAAAAUCCAAUUGAAUAAAAUCAAUUUGAAUUGAAAAAA